UGCAUUUCUGUACAAUAUAAAUAAAAGCUUCAUAAUCGAACAGACUAGGUAUCUACCAGAGAUAAAUCACAUACAUAACACUACAAUCUCAUUCUCACUCUCACCCUCAUCCUCAUCCUCACCAAUCCAAUUACUUCCUCUCACUCCUCACUCCUCAUCCACUCCCUCUCUACAUCUCCGGAUCCGAGGAGAAAUCCCAAAACCUUAUACAAGCAAAGACACCAAACUCUAUUUCCAUCUUCCUUACUUUUCUUUCCCUUCCCUUCCCUUCCCUCCCCUUCCCUUCUUCUCUGUACAUAAACUUAAAGAGCGAACAUCAGCUGAACCAAACUGCACUGCACUGCACUGCACUGUUCGAAUCUUUUCUUCAAGAUUCUUUGAUUUCCACAUACAUACUUUCUACAUACAGACUUCAAAACCUUUACUUUACUUUACUCUCUCAACCCAAUUCAGAUCCUAAAUUUGCAAUUGGUAUAUGAUAGUUACGAAUUUCAUCAUGGAUGCAGCAAUCGAUCUUUCAGAUGCUUCUAAAGCUCUUGAUUUGGCUAAUAUUCGUUUUCAACUCAUCCGUCUCGAAGACACCAUAACCUUCCACCUAAUCGAACGUGUCCAAUUCCCCCUCAACCCCACCAUCUACAUCCCCUCUGCGCUCCCCCUCCCCAACACCACCCUCAGCUUCCUGGACUGGCUCCUCCACUCCCGAGAAACCCUCGACUCCCUCAUCCGCCGCUUCCAAUCCCCCGACGAAUACCCCUUCUUCCCCGACGCCCUCAAACCCCCCAUCCUCCAACCCCUCCACUACCCUCCCAUCCUCCACCCCAACACCGUCAACGUCAACGCCCAGAUAAAAGACCACUACAUCAACACCUUCCUCCCCAAAGCCUGUCUCCAAACCGGGCGCUCCGACCGCGGCGAGCGCGAAGAAAACUACGGCUCCGCCGCCACAUGCGAUAUCAACUGUCUGCAAGCGCUCUCGCGCCGCAUCCACUUUGGCAAAUUCGUCGCCGAGUCCAAGUUCCGCGCAGAGGAAGAAGCUUUUACGAAGAUGAUCCUAGCGGGCGAUCGCGAGGGCUUGGGCCGCGCCAUCACGAAUGAGAAGGUGGAGUUGCAGGUGCUCGAGAGAUUGAGAUUGAAGGCGCGAACGUACGGCACGGAUCCGAGCUUGAGUAAUGGCAAGGCGAAUGGAGAGGAGCCGCAGGGGAAGAUUAAUGUAGAGGCGGUAGAGGGCUUGUAUAGGGAUUUUGUGAUUCCGUUGACGAAGGUGGUGGAGGUGGAGUAUUUGAUGCAGAGAUUGGAGAAGAAGGAGUAGAUGUUGAGAGGGACAUUGUACUACUACAUAGAAGAUGUGAGGAUGUAUAGAUACUGAUCGUUUCGAUUAUGUUCUUGUCCGCAAAUAGAGCAUUGGGGAGUUUCUCGCCUUUCACUUCCCGUGGAAUGACUCAGAUCCAUAGAUGUACGAGAGAGAAAGCCAGGCAUGAGAUAAUACCAAUUGUGGCAGAGAAUGUUCUUCAAAAAUGUAUACCCAAGCGAAUAUCAAAAAAAGGAGAAAGCAAAUAGAAAAUCAAAAAUUAAAAGAAACAAAC